AUGACUAGUAUUGCGAUGCCGGAAGAAGAGUUGGGUAAAAAGUUAGUAGAGAUUCGAGCCAAGUGCUUCAACGUCACGGUUGCUGUGCAAAAGCAUACUGGCAGAUAUCCAUGGUGCCCUGAUCCAUCUGAUGUAACCAUCGUUGAACAAAGGUCAGAGGGUCACUGGGACAAGCAGACAUCAGGAAGUCUUGCUCUGCUUCGAAUGUGCAUAAUAUUCAACAGAAACUCCGUCAGACUGAGGUCAUCGAGUUUCUAUCUGAAUGUUGAAGCUCAGCUGUUGGCACUUCUGCGCUCGGUAGAUUCCAUUUCUGAAGCUAGACUUUUGCCUACAACUGGGUAG